GGCAGCCCAUCAAAGCACUUAUAAUGAAGGCUAUUUAUUUGAUAGAUUAAACGAUUAUGAAUUACCUGUUACUUUGGUGCUAAAUAAAAUCGAUUUGUUAGAAAAUGAUGAUCAGCUGCUUCAAAAUGUUUAUUUAAAAUUCAAAGAAAAAUGCCACUAUUUGAAGAACACGAUAAAUAUAUCUGCAUUACGAAAGCAAGGAUUAGAUGUAUUAAAGGAACAAUUAAUUUCUUAUGCAUACCCUCAAGAAUGGGUAUAUCCAUCCGAAAUAAAAUCAGAAAUGGCAGAUUUAAAGAGAGUUGAGGAUUUUGUACGGGCAGAGCUUUUAACUUCGCUACAAGACGGUUCAUUACGAAUAGAACAGAUUAUUUAUGUGGAGCGUGAAUCACAAGAG